CCGCCCCGCGGAGGCCGGGCUUGCUUCCAGCCACCGAGGCUCGGCCUGGGGCAACCCGGCUGUCCUCCGCCGGGCGCCGCGAACCCCCGGGACGCUUUCGGGCCCUCGCGGGGACGCCCCCGCGGCGCGCUCCGCCCCGGAAACACGCCCCCAGCCGCCUAGGCGCGCUUUUGAAACAGGCUGUUCCAUCUCUGGUGUGUUUCGCAGGGUCGCGGCCGCCCCGGGGAGCUGGAUUUUCUUGCCUUAAACCUGCGGCUCCUCGCGCGCGGCGGGAUCCCCCUCCGCCCCCCGCCCCGACCCCGGCGCAAGGAUGAGCAGGACCCGCGACGAGGUGGACGCGACGCUGCAGAUCGCCAAGCUGAACGCGGCCGAGCUGCUGCCCACCGUGCACUGCCUGGGCUUCGGCCCCGGGGCCAGCGCCGCCGCCGGCGACUUCUGCCUGCUCGAGCUGGAGCCCGCGCUCUGCCAGCAGGUGGAGGCGGGGCACAGUCUUGUGAUUCGUGGUGAUAAGGAUGAACAGGCCGUUGUAUGCAGUAAAGACAAAACGUAUGACCUGAAAAUAGCAGACACUUCCAAUAUGUUGCUUUUUAUUCCUGGUUGUAAAACUCCAGACCAGCUCAAGAUGGAAGAAACACACUGUAAUAUUAUUCACACUGAGAUCUUUGGUUUUUCUAAUAAUUACUGGGAAUUAAGAAGAUGUAGACCUAAAUUAAAGAAGCUAAAGAAACUUUUGAUGGAAAAUACCUAUGAAGGACCUGACAGUCAAAAAGAAAAGGAUUCAAAUCACUCAAAAUAUACAACUGAAGAUUUGCUUGAUCAAAUUCAGGCAAGUAAGGAAGAAAUAAUGGCCCAAUUACAAGUUCUAAAUGCCUGUGACAUUGGAGGUUAUUGGAGGAUUCUUGAAUUUGAUUACGAGAUGAAACUUCUGAAUCACAUAACUCAGCUUGUGGAUUCUGAAUCUUGGUCUUUUAGUAAGGUUCCCUUGAACACAUGCCUUCAGGAACUUGGACCAUUGGAGCCAGAGGAAAUGAUCGAACACUGUCUUAACUGUUAUGGAAAGAAAUAUGUAGAGGAAGGUGAAGUUUAUUUUGAGUUGAGUGCAGAUAAAAUAUGCAGAGCUACAGCACAAAUGCUACUUCAGAAUGCCAUGAAAUUCAACCUCGCCGAGUUUCAAGAAGUAUGGCAACAGAGUGUUCCUGAAGGAAUGAUAACUAGGCUUGAUCAGCUUAAGGGUUUAGCCUUGGUGGAUAGACACUCAAGACCAGAAAUCAUAUUUUUGCUGAAAGUAGAUGAUUUACCUGAGGAUAAUCAGGAACGUUUUAAUAGUCUGUUCUCUCUGAGGGAGAAGUGGACAGAAGAAGAUAUUGCUCCAUAUAUUCAAGAUUUGUGUGGAGAGAAGCAAACCAUUGGUGCAUUACUCACUAAAUAUUCUCGAUCUUCGAUACAAAAUGGUGUUAAAGUUUAUAACUCAAGAAGACCCGUUUCUUAAAAAGAACAACAGUCUUUUCUUUGGGACUGAAGUUGCUUUGUAAAGUUGCUGGUUAUAUGAGAAAGCUUUUUUUUUUUAAUGUAUUUGUAUUCCAGACUUUUAAAAACCCAGUUCUUUUUCUCCUCAUGUUAAACAUUUUAAAACUACUGCUCUUCUCUUUUCUUAAAUGUCAUAGGGUAUUUUAUAUCUUUCAGGUUAUAUUAAUGUUAUGUACACAGUGUAAACAAGGAUAAAAGAAAGUGUUAUUUCCUAUUUAAUAUAUGUCAGUAGUCUAUAUGGGUUUAUUUAUAGAAAAGAGUUUUGCUGUUUUUAUAUUUAAGAUUGCAUUUCUUUCAUUAGGAUUUGAUUCUAAUCAUUAAAAAAUUUAAAAGUUUUUGGAGAACUAAAUAGUAAUAGCUUCCUAAAAGAGACUUAUUUAUUCAUUUAAAUGUCAUUUAUUAAGUGAGUGCCCCUCUACUUUUUACCUUUCACCAAAACAGGAAGUCACAUGAUGCUAUCGGUUACCUAAAUUAGCUGUAUUGAUGAAAUUGGCUUGACAGUUGGGGUUCCUGUUCACCUGGCUGAUGUCGAUAUGAUUUCAGAGAGACAGCAAUAAGCGGUCCUAAAGAGAGAUCUUAAUUCCCUACCCAGGAAUUGAGCCUGGGUAGCCUGGAUGAAAAACCAGGAAUCCUAGCUGCUAGACCACCAGAACCUAGAGGCUAGAAGCAAAGUUCCCCUGGCUCUUGCCCUGUUUGAAAGCAAGCAUAUUUUUAGGAGGCAAAACCUGUGAAAACAGGUACAGAGUUUAUUAUUAGAGACACAGCAUAAUAAGUGGGAGAGCACAUAGAGAAACAGUUUAAGACAGAUGCAAGGCAGAAAUACAUACCUGGAGAGAAAGGUUGUGGGCAUCCUCCCUAAUGAGGCAGAGCGCAGUAAAGAGGUGAUUUAAAUCACUUAUGUAAGACAGUUCUUCCUGUCUUUGUUUACCUGUGACUAAUUAUCUUGUUUCUUUUCUCACAUCUGAGCUGUUCUAGGACACUCCCUAGCAUGCAUGUGCAACUUUCUGCUAAGAUGGAUUCCACUGCAGAGGCGUGUGGGGGCAUGUCCACACUUAUUACGGGGUGGUGCCCCCUCCCUUUUUGACCUCCAAGGAGCCUUUCUGUGCCUGUGUAGUCUGGGAAUUUUGCUUGACCUCAGUUUCCUCCUUAUCUCUUUAUUCCAGUAGAGCUCAGCUCUGCCACUGGCUUUGUCCUUGGAGGGGCAGGAGAACAAAGCUUCAGUUUUACUGCACUUGACAGACACCACCUGUCCAGCCCAGGGGCCCAUCUUCCUCCUACCUCAGAUAUGCACUUGGGGAUGAAAGUUUGUGUACUCCCUCUCUGCUUGUCUCCCAUUCUUUCCUUAACCCAGUGACCUUGCUUUAACCCAACUGCAUCCAUCUCCCUAAAUAUUCUCCAUUUUCCAUGCAAAAAGGUGUUAAAAUGUUUAUAAGUCUAAAAGACCCAUUUCAAUACUAAUCCUACAUGAGGAAUGCUAACAGUAGUUUAUAACCCUAUAAUAAAGGUAAUACUUAAAAACUACAAGUAAUUUCUGGCUGGUUUUGGAAUGCUUGAUAAAGUUUCUUUACAUCUUUAUUUUCCUAGUGCGUUUUCGUUUAGACCAAAGUUCAAAUUAAUUUUAACUUAGCUAAUGAACUUGUGGGCAGGACAGUUGGAAGCGGUAGGCCAAGGUUAAUCUGGUCCAAAGUUAAA